GCAGGCCGGCGGGCGGGAUGGCCGGGAACAGCCUGGUGCUGCCCAUCGUGCUGUGGGGCCGCCGCGCCCCCACGCACUGCGUGUCCUCCCUGCUGCUCAUGGACGGCGCCACGGUCAUCGUCACCGGCUGCCACGACGGCCAGAUCUGCCUCUGGGACCUCAGCCCGGACCUGCAGAUUAAUCCCCGAGCUCUGCUGUUUGGUCACACGGCCUCAGUUACUUGUUUAUCCAAGGCCUCAGCUUCCAGUGAAAAACAAUAUAUAGUGAGUGCAUCCGAGAGUGGGGAGAUGUGCCUGUGGGAUGUGAACGAUGGGAGAUGCAUCGAGUUCACCAAACUGGCCUGUGCGCACACGGGAAUUCAGUUCUAUCAGUUCACAGUCGGCUCGCAGCGGGAAGGGAGGCUCCUAUGCCACGGGCAUUAUCCCGAAAUUCUGGUGGUGGAUGCCACCAGCCUGGAAGUUCUUUAUUCCCUGAUAUCCAAGAUCUCUCCUGACUGGAUCAGCUCCAUGAGCAUCAUCCGAUCCAACAGGACACAAGAGGACACCGUGGUGGCCGUUUCUGUGACCGGCAUCCUAAAAGUCUGGAUCAUCACCUCGGAAGUCAGUCGGCUCCAGGAUACCACGCCCGUGUUUGAGGAGGAAUCCAAGCCCAUCUACUGCCAGAACUGCCAGAGCAUUUCCUUCUGCGCCUUCACCCAGCGCUCGCUGCUGGUCGUGUGCUCCAAGUACUGGAGGGUUUUUGAUGCUGGGGAUUAUUCCCUCUUGUGUUCAGUUCCCAGUGAAAACAGUCAGACCUGGACUGGUGGGGACUUUGUGGCAGCUGACAAAGUGAUUGUGUGGACAGAGGAUGGACAAAGUUUCAUCUAUAAAUUACCAGCCAGCUGCCUCCCAGCCAGCGACUCGUUCCGCAGGGACGUGGGGAAAGCCGUGGAAAACCUGAUCCCACCUUUGCUGUACAGCGUGUUGGACAGGGCAGAGAAACAGCUCCUGAUAUGUCCUCCAGUCACUCGCUUCUUCUGUGGCCAGGGAGAGUUCUCCUACAAGCUGCUGAUCCAAGGAGACUCCUCAGGGAGACUGUGCAUCUGGAGCGUGCCCGACGCUCUGGAACAGCAAGAGAGUGCAAGAGGCCUGCCAAGUUGGCCGCCCCACCGGACGCUGCGGGGCCACCGGAACAAGGUGACGUGCCUGCUGUACCCUCACCAGGUGUCCUCCCGCUACGACCAGCGCUUCCUGGUCUCGGGAGGGGUGGACUUCUCCGUCAUCGUCUGGGACAUCUUCUCGGGGGAGAUGAAGCACAUCUUCUGCGUGCACGGCGGCGAGAUCACCCAGCUCCUCGUGCCGCCCGACAACUGCAGCGCCCGAGUGCAGCACUGCGUCUGCUCCGUCGCCAGCGACCACUCGGUGGGCCUGCUGAGCCUGCGGGAGAAGAAGUGCAUCAUGCUGGCCUCCCGCCACCUCUUCCCUAUCCAGGUCAUCAAGUGGAGACCCGCCGACGACUACCUGGUGGUGGGCUGCUCCGACGGCUCCGUGUACGUCUGGCAGAUGGACACCGGCGCCCUGGACCGGUGCGUGAUGGGCAUCACGGCGGUGGAGAUCCUGAACGCCUGUGACGAGGCCGUGCCCGCCGCCGUGGACGCCCUCAGCCACCCCGCCGUCAACCUGAAGCAGGCCAUGACCCGCCGCAGCCUGGCCGCCCUCAAGAACGUGGCCCACCAGAAGCUGCAGACCUUGGCCACCAACCUCCUGGCUUCCGAGGCCUCCGAUAAGGGGAAUUUACCCAAAUACUCCCACAAUUCCCUGAUGGUCCAGGCCAUCAAGACCAACCUGACGGACCCCGACAUCCACGUGCUGUUCUUCGACGUGGAGGCCCUGAUCAUCCAGCUGCUGACGGAGGAGGCGUCCCGGCCCAACGCCGCCCUCGUCUCCCCGGAGAACCUCCAGAAAGCCUCCGGCGCCUCCGACAAGGGCGGCUCCUUCCUGGCCGGCAAACGGGCGGCCGUGCUCUUCCAGCAGGUCAAGGAGACCAUCAAGGAGAACAUCAAGGAGCACCUGCUGGACGACGAGGACGACGAGGACGACGCGCUGAGGCAGAGGAGGGAAGACGGCGACCCGGAAUAUCGCGCCAGCAAAUCCAAACCGCUCACCCUGCUGGAGUACAACCUGACCAUGGACACGGCCAAGCUCUUCAUGUCCUGCCUGCACGCCUGGGGCCUCAACUCCGGGCUGGAUGAGCUGUGCCUGGAGCGCCUGGGAAUGCUGAAGCCUCACUGCUCCGUGUCCUUCGGCCUCGUGUCCAGAGGAGGCCACAUGUCCCUGAUGCUGCCCGGCUACAACCGGCCCGUGGGCGGAGCGGGCGGGGAGCCGGGCGGGAAGGUGUCCGGCGCCGAGGGGCCGGGCAAGGGCACCUACGGCGUGUCCCGCGCCGUCACCACCCAGCACCUGCUCUCCGUCAUCUCCUUGGCCAACACCCUGAUGAGCAUGACCAACGCCACCUUCAUCGGCGACCACAUGAAGAAAGGGCCCACCAGGCCGCCCAGACCCGGCACCCCCGAGCUGGCCAGAGCGAAGCCACCACCCCCUCCCGUUUCCAGCCAAGGACAAAUUAAACAAGUUGCUCCUGCUGCUGCUUCUAACCUGGAAUCUGGGCACUCUGACACUGCUCCUCCUUUACAUUCCUGUUUCUUAGUCAAUGAAGGCUGGAGCCAGCUGGCAGCCAUGCACUGUGUGAUGCUCCCGGACCUGCUGGGCCUGGAAAAAUUCCGCCCCCCUCUCCUGGAGAUGCUGGCGCGCCGCUGGCAGGACCGAUGCUUGGAGGUGCGGGAGGCGGCGCAGGCGCUUCUCCUGGCCGAGCUGCGGCGCAUCGAGCAGGCGGGACGCAAGGAGACCAUCGACGCCUGGGCCCCCUACCUGCCCCAGUACAUGGACAGCGUCAUCUCCCCUGGAGUGCCCACAGAAGCUGCUCAGACUGGCACUGCCAGCCCAGAAUCCGUGGGCACAGAGGGCAAAGUGCAGGAGGAGGAGCAGGACCUGGGGGACGACGACAUCGCGGCAGGGUGUCUCUCGGGCCUCCCCCAGCCCAAGAAGGUCUCCACGUCCUACGAGGAGCGGCGCAAACAGGCCACGGCCAUCGUCCUGCUGGGGGUCAUCGGGGCCGAGUUCGGCGCCGAGAUCGAGCCCCCCAAACUCCUGACCCGGCCCCGCAGCUCCAGCCAGAUUCCCGAGGGAUUCGGCCUCACCAGCGGCGGAUCCAACUAUUCCUUGGCCAGGCACACGUGCAAGGCGCUGACGUUCCUGCUGCUGCAGCCGCCCAGCGCCCGGCUGCCGGCGCACUCCACCAUCCGCCGCACCGCCAUCGACCUCAUCGGCCGCGGCUUCACCGUCUGGGAGCCCUACAUGGACGUGUCCGCCGUGCUCAUGGGGCUGCUGGAGCUCUGCGCCGACGCCGAGAAGCAGCUGGCCAACAUCACAAUGGGGCUGCCCCUGAGCCCGGCGGCCGACUCGGCGCGCUCGGCGCGGCACGCGCUGUCCCUCAUCGCCACCGCCCGCCCGCCCGCCUUCAUCACCACCAUCGCCAAGGAGGUGCACCGGCACACGGCGCUGGCGGCCAACACGCAGUCGCAGCAGAACAUCCACACCACCACCCUGGCCCGGGCCAAGGGCGAGAUCCUGCGGGUCAUCGAGAUCCUCAUCGACAAGAUGCCCACGGACGUCGUGGACCUGCUGGUGGAGGUGAUGGACAUCAUCAUGUAUUGCCUGGAAGGAUCUUUAGUGAAGAAGAAGGGCCUUCAGGAAUGUUUUCCGGCCAUCUGCAGGUUCUACAUGGUCAGUUAUUACGAGCGGAGUCACCGGAUCGCCGUGGGAGCCCGGCACGGAUCCGUGGCGCUCUACGACAUCCGCACCGGGAAGUGCCAGACCAUCCACGGCCACAAAGGCCCCAUCACCGCCGUGGCUUUCGCCCCCGACGGCCGGUACCUCGCCACCUACUCCAACUCCGACAGCCACCUCUCCUUCUGGCAGAUGAACACGUCCCUGCUGGGGAGCAUCGGGAUGCUGAACUCGGCGCCGCAGCUGCGCUGCAUCAAGACCUACCAGGUGCCGCCGGUGCAGCCGGCCUCGCCCGGCUCCCACAACGCCCUGCGCCUCGCCCGCCUCAUCUGGACCUCCAACCGCCACGUCAUCCUCAUGGCCCACGACGGCAAGGAGCACCGCUUCAUGGUCUAGGAGGAAGCAGAUGCCGGCGGCGGGAAGAGCCGGCGGAGCGGGAUCAGCAGCACCUCAUCCCGAGCCUGGCUCCUCCUCAUGGAUGUCAUCCCACCCCUGUUCCCUCUGGAGCCUCCCGGAAUGUCAGUGUUUACCACAACAGCUCCUUGUUUACAUGGAUUUUCUCCCGGAAUGCUGGUGGGUGACACAGCCCAGAGCCUGGGAGUGG